UUUCUAUUAAACACUGCAUUUUGAUGAACACCUUUCGUCCAACUUCCCCACUUCAGUUUCGAAAAUAUAUAUCAAGCUAAAACUUUAUUUUUUUGAAAAACAUGAUUUCUUGCAAGAUAUUUUACUUUGUUUUGUACAUGGUUGUGGUGUGCAUUUCAAAAAACUAUGGAAAAGAACUUAAUAUGCCAAAUAGAUAUACCGAUAUAGAAAUUAAAAAUGAAAACUCAAGAAAGGAAUAUAAUUAUGAUAUUUCUAAUGUUGUCCUUGAAGCAGAUGAGAAUCUUUGCGGUAACCACUCAACGAAAACUGAAUUUAUAAAUGGCUUGAAAGUCUGCACUUGCGAAGACGGAUAUGUUCCUGGAAUAAAUGAAGUAUGCACAUAAAUGUGUAAUGAAUCAAAAAUAUGCGAAAAUGGAGGAACGUGCCAUAAUGGAAUUUGCACAUGCCCUCCAAGAACGAGAGGAACUUUUUGCGAAAAAAUACACGUGACUUGCUGGAACUCUUUUUUGUAUGAAGAGUAUGCUAAAGUUAGAGGACUCUAUUGUUGCUGCAAAUCUGAUGCUCCUGCCAAGUGCAAGUAUGAUGUUAAAAAAUUAAACGCUUAUUGUGAAUGUCCAAAAAAAGGUGAAGUAUAUGAAGAUAAAAGUAAUGCUUGCAAAGAAUGCAAGUGUGGAAAACCUGAAACGUGGACAAAAUGUGAUUUCUACGGCGGUGUGAAAACGUGCUUCUGCAAGGAAAACUAUAAAUAUAAUCCAAAAACACAGAUUUGCGAGUAUUGUAACUGUGGUGAACUAUCUAAAAAAUGUGAAUAUUCAUGGAAUGGGUUCGUCAGAUGUACUUGCUUGAAAGGAGCGAAACAAUACAAAAAUGAAUGCCACAAAUGUGAUUGCGGAGAGAAUAUUUUCUGUGAAUUACGAGAUGGAAAGCCAAUUUGUAGUUGUCCUGAUAAUUAUCAAUUAAACAAUGGAUCUUGCAUUGAAUGUAAUUGUGGAAAGCAUGGUAAAUGCGUGUAUGAUGACGCUGGCAAAAAACUGAAAUGUGAAUGUAAUACUGGUUAUUCAGAGAAUUCGAUAGGAGUAUGUCAAUAUUGUUACUGCGGAGAUAACUCAAUGUGUGCUUUGAAUGUUGAUGGUACAAAAAAUUGUUCAUGUCCUUCGGGAUACAGAGAUGUAAAUGGAUUUUGCACAGACAUAGAUGAGUGUGCUUUCGAAAAGCCUUGCAGAAACAAAGGGACUCAAUGUGUGAAUAUACCUGGAAGUUAUGAAUGCAGGUGUGAGGCUGGUUAUCUUGCACGUGGAGGGCACAAAAGUGAUUUGGAAUGCCAAA